AAUAUCAGAAUGCUACCUGUGUUAACAGAUUUCAGUACAUUUUACAACAGACUGUGUCUAGUCGUGACAGUAUUUAUUACCGUGAACCUUGGGCGAAUACGGGCCGAUAACUGUGGCCAGGAGGAGCUGGCCAAAUGUGCCCGCCCAUUCCAGGUGAUACAAUCGUCGACGGAUCUGUCCAUAGCGACGAAAAAGGAGGAUCUGGAUAAAAUAUGCCCUGACCUAAAUAAUGGGCUGCACUGCAUACGUAGCUACACGCGUCGUUGUAUGACCCUGGAACAGAGAAACCGCUUCAACAAGCUGUACAAUGGCACACACCAAUUCGUGCGAGACCUCUGCCGCGAGGGUGACUACCAGCGCGAGUUCCUUUCUCACGCACCCUGCCUACAGUUGGUACGACCAGACUACGAAGUGUGCGGACGGCGGUAUCACCUUACCGUGAUGGCUAUAUCGCAACAGUCCCAGCCCGAUGAACACCAACACCAACAGCAUCAGCACGGCCAUCACGGUCAGCAACAGACGGACGCCGAGUUAAGCGGACAUCAGCACGAACGGCGCCAUCGCAACCAUCGGACGGCAAGCCGCACCGAUGAAGAUGACGUGCGGACGGUGUGCUGUUCGUUCAUGGAGUACCUUGACUGUUCGGAAGCGGCCGCCAAAAAUACGUGCGGUCACGAAACGGCAAGAUUCACCCGUGGAUUCUUGGACAAAAUGUCGUCGACAUUAAUUAAGAUGUACUGUGAAGAUUACUACAAGUCAAACAAAUGUCCGACAAUGUACACAUCGUCUUCAAGCAAUCAUUGGAGUCAAUUGCACAGUGCGGUACUACUGCUAGUUCCCACGAUCAUCAGCUCCAUCAGCAGCUGGACGUCUUCCUGGUGGGCGUUCCGAUCAGAUGCUCCAUUACGGUUACGAUAAUCUACGCUUGGGAACGUUCAAC